AUGAAAAAAUAUCUAAUAAUUAUAAUUGUAAUAACUUCUGUAAUUAGCGCGCUAUGCGGGAUUAUCAACGACGUGACAGAAACAUGGGAUGGGAACAUGGAAGUAGUCAAACAUACUUUUGGUAACGUAGCAGAGUUUUGGAGAAGAAUGAUUUAUGGACAAGAUAAAAGGAAAAGAUCGCAACCACGUGAAACAAAUGAUUUUGCAUAUAAGGUACAUGAUGUAGCCACAACCUUUUCAACGGACGUUGAAAAGGCAUUUCUAGCGGUGAAAAUAAAAACUGAAAGUAUGUACAAAAAUAUGAAGGGCUAUUUUGGCAGCAACUCAAAAGCAACACACCCAUCAAUUCUUAAACAUCUUGAUUAUCGUAAGCCUUGGGCAGCUAAUAUUACAACAAUCAAAGGUGAUAAAACGAUGUAUCCUAUACUGCAAAGUAAAGAAAUUGAUCAUUUGUAUCAAAAUACGACUACUGAAGUUACUGUUACAACUAAAGUAAAUAAUUCUACGCCAAUCACCUUAAAUCCAAUAAAGGGUAAAACCGGCAACCAUUCAAGGCAAAGUGUUCCACAUUUUCAGGGUGACAAUUUUGAUGAAUUUUUAUUAGAACACAAGUUAAAAUUAGAAAACGAUGGCACGAGAUAUCCUUCUUUGCGAAAAACUGAUUUACAUUUAUAUCAAAACAGUUCAGAUGCACAAAGUGAUGAAGUAGCAAAUACAUCAUUAAAACAUAGCUUCAAAAUAAACUAUGAUGAUACGGAAAAUUCGACACUGCAAAGUAUCUCAAAUACAAAAUACCACUUUUUGGAUGUGAAUGAUUAUUUAUCGCAAGUCAAUCCUUUUUCACAAAGUAUAAAAGUGGAAGAUUCUUUAUUGCAACAUUCCUCCAGAUAUGAAAACGAAGUGAUCGAACCUUUGAUCGAGGAGGAGGACGAGGUUCAGACCAGGAUCGAAGAUGAAGAACUUUCUACAUUGCAUAAUAAAGCAAAUUUAGAAAAAAAUAAAGCUGAUAGGGAAAUUUCUGAUAUUAUUAAUAAAUCAUCGCAAAACAUUUCAAAUUUAAUUAAUGACACAAAGAUUCUGAAUAGUACAAACGAACACUUAACGACAUAUUCCGAUGAACUUAAGGCAGACGAGAGGCAUACGAGCGACAGCUAUGGUUCUGUUUCAGAAGAGAAUACAGAAUCUUUAACUCUUAAUGCAACUUCAUUCUAA